AUGAGUGAUGGGAAGCUAUUCACAAAGUCCAAGAGUGCAGAACUCAAGGCAGAGAUAGAGCAGGCGUUCAAGAAGUUGAAAGCCGCCAACAGAAUCAGGAUCAUACUACGCAAAUUGCUCGCCAAUAUCAUUUUAAACAACAAUGAAAUGGUCAACAUGAUGCCCGACAUCAUCCAAUUGAUGAAAAUGGACGACUUGGAAAUACGGAAACUUUGUUGUGAAUAUAUAGCGACGUAUGGACAGUACAGCAGAGACUCCAUUGCAGCUAUUCCUUUCUUCAACCGAUUUAAAGAAGACUCGACGCCCGUUCUAAGAGCCUUGGCGAUUAAAACCGUGUCCAGCAUCAACACGCCCGAGUUUAACCAAUUAAGUGCGGAAGCGUUGCCGAUCUUGAUUUGCGACAAGGACCCUCAUGUGCGACAAGCAGCUGCAUUUUCCAUAGCAAGACUAUAUCAACAUGACCCAGCAAGAGUCGAGGGGGGCUCGCUUGUUGACCAGUUGAACGGCAUGCUAAAUGACGAUAGCAUAAUGGUUGUCGCGAGUGCAUUAGCUGCAUUGAGCAGUAUAACAGAACGGAGCAAGAGUUUGAGUUUAAAACUAGACAAGGCCCAUGCCAUGAACAUCAUCAACUUGCUGAAACUUUCCAACGAAUGGCAGCACAUAUACAUGCUAGACGCGCUAAUGGCAUAUGUCCCACAGGACGACAAGGAGGCGCUCGAGUUGAUAGAAGCAGCGCUUCCGUCGUUACAACACGAAAACUCAGCCGUGGUGUUGAACACAAUCAAGAUUAUCAUCUACUACAGCAACUAUACUCCUCACCCCGAACUUCAUUUACCAGUCUUGCCCAAAAGAAUUGGGUCAUCUUUAAACUCGCUUCUAGCCAAGCCCUCAGAGACGCAAUUCUUGGUGUUGCGAAAUGUAAUCCUCCUCCUCCUUGGCAAGAGGAAUCUAGUUCACUUUGAGAUUGAGAUGUUUUACUGCCGGUUCGACGACCCCAGGUACGUCAAGGACACCAAAUUGGAGAUUAUUUACUUACUCGCAAACGAAGAAAACAUCGACCUGGUGUUGAACGAAUUGGAAGAAUACGCCACCGAGGUGGACAUUUCCAUGUCACGCAAGGCAAUUCGCGCUUUUGGCAAUCUCGCGGUAAAGUUGGAACGUGGCGCAGAUCGGUGCGUUGAAGUCUUGUGCGACUUGAUAUCAACAGGCAUUUCCUACAUUGUGCAAGAAGCAGCAAUUGUCAUCAAAAAUGUCGUUCGCAAGUACCCGGGUAAGUUCAAUAAUGCAAUCACCGAGUUGAUAAAGUACCGGGAAGUAUUUGAAGAACCAGACGCCAAGGCGUCGCUCCUUUGGAUGGUGGGACAAUUCUGCGAAAACUUGGAAGACCCGGGGUUGAUCCUCGACGACUUGAUGACCAAUUACCAAGAAGAACCAAAUGAAGUGCAACUUGCUGUCUUGACAGCCGUCGCCAAGAACUAUCUCGUGCACCCUCAGGAAUGCGAAACGAGAUUGUUGCAAGUUUUGAAAUGGGCCACCGAGGAAACAGGUAACCCCGAUGUGCGCGAUCGAGGCUUUCUAUACUGGAGACUACUUUCUUCAGAAUACGCAAACGCAGGUGGGUUUCAAAAAGUUACAAAGGAGAUUUUGUUCAAUCGCGACCCAUCAAUCAUCUCAGAGAAUGAUAGUAUCAACCCGGCCUUCUUGCAAGAGUUGGAGCUCAACUUUGGAUCUUUGGCAUCGAUUUAUUUGAAGCCGGUUCAGAGCGUAUUCAGAAUGGCAAAGCCCAAGCAGCUUCACUGGGCGCCCUCUUUGCAUGUUGCCAAUAAAACCGGCUCGAGCAUUGAUUCAACUUCGCGACCAUCAAACAGCCAGAACUUGCACAACAGAGAAAGAAAAACGUCCUCGUCAGGAUCUCCCGCACGAACACAUUCACCAUCAGAUGCGGUAAAGCAAUAUAGCAUUCGCGCGCAGAGGAGUUCUCCUUUGCUGAACUCCAGCCCAAGAACACCACCACCACUACCACUGCCAGCAGCAGCAGCAGCAGAAAAUUUCACUCAAAAAUUAUCCAGAAAGAGUUCUUCAAUCACCGGCAAAAUCACCAGUAAGAUUUCGAAUUAG